ACGACGCGGUGAACUUCCGUGUUGUUCACUUAGCUUAGUCGUGCUAGCUGGAAACAUCUGUGCUCGAUUCGUACGACAAACACAGCAAUUUUAGCUUAAUUUUAAAUCUGUUACAGACACAUUUAUCUCAGGGUUACAGUUUAUGCUACCUCCUUUUCAUUCCAAAGUGGGUUCUUGAAUACAUUUUGCGAUGGGAGUCUUUUUAGCCGUUGAACGCAUGCUAGCAAAAGUUAGCGACCCCCUGGCUAAGUAAGAAGCGGCUCACUUUUCCAGAUAACUUCCCAGCUGCUAUGUAGAGCUGCAGACGGCUGUCCUGUACUUGGUGUUUGCAUCCCUUUCAUCGUUUCAAUGGGGAAAAGGAAAGACAUGAUUCACCCCAGGUUUCUUGGUGAAGGCGGCUCUAGCCUGCACAGCGUCCACAAGCGGAAACAUAAAAAACACAAGAAGCACAAGAGGAAGCACCACAGCUUCACCGAGGCCCCGGAGCCGGAGCCCAUCGUGGUUCCUCGGCCUCCUCCGCAGCUCCGGCUCAAGAUCAAAUUGGGAGGACAGACGCUGGGGACCAAGAGUGUUCCCACUUUCACUGUGCAUCCUGGUGUGGCCUGUCCUCCCUCUCCCUUGAUGAUUAUUAAUAAUGUUGAUGAUGAUGAGGACGAUGAUGAUGAGGACGACGACGAUGAUGACGAUGAGCCCUCUGUGCCUUUGGAACAGUAUCGGGCCUGGCUGGAUGAAGACAGCAACCUGGCCACGUCCCCUAUGCCAGACAUGGACUCCGACUCCAUGCUGGGCGGGCCUGUGGACGAGGAGGAGAGGUGGCUGGACGCUCUGGAGAAGGGAGAGCUGGACGACAACGGAGAGCUGAAGAAGGAGGUCGACGAGUCUCUGCUCACAGCCAGACAGAAAGCCCUGCUCCACAAGCAGCAGAGCCAGCCCCUCCUGGAGCUCCCCAUGGGUUACAAGGAGAAAGAGAUGACUGCAGAGAUGAUGCAGAAACGGGAGGAGCGCGCCCGAAAGCGACGCCUGCAGGCGGCCAAGAAGGCCGAGGAGAACAAGAACCAGACAAUAGAGAGACUGACGAAAACCAGCAAGGCCAAGAUCAAGAGCAUGAGGGAGAGGAAGUCCAAGCAGAGUCAGUGUCCCAUGGUCCGCUACAGCGACUCCGCCCAGGGCAUGGCCAUCUCCUUCCCCACAGGGGUCCCCGCUCCGACCCCGGCACCUCCCUGUCCUCCGCCGGCAGCCCAGGUGAGCUGCGGGGUCAGUGGGUGCACCAACCUCAAGAAGUACUCCUGCUCUAAGACCAGGGUUCCUCUGUGCAGCCUCGAGUGUUAUAAGAGGAACCUGCUGCUUGUUCAGAGCACAGCGUGAACUUUAAAGGACCAGAUACAUUACACAUGGACACAAAUGAAGGUGUGUACAGUUCACGUGGUUAUAUCGGUGAAAUCCGAUGGCCACACAGACGUCGGAGGUGUCGUUUGAGCUUCACACUUGAACUGAACUGUUACAGGACUAAGAAUGUGGAUUUAUUUUUUAUUAUCAUCCCUUUUUUCGUAGCCGUGUCAUAUUAAUAAUGAUGGUUUUCCCUGCUGUGACGCUGGUGACACAAUUUAAUUAUGUACGUUAUAUCUGUGUACCACAUGUACAAUAUUUAUGAUUUCCAUUUGUGAAGGCUACUUAAGAGUAGAAUUAUUUCCACUCUGACUAUUAUUAAUGUUCUCAAUAAUGAAAAAUUAUGAUUAAAGACUGACAAAGGUUAAUAUUAAGCAAAUUAGUUAUGAAAGAAUAAAAGAUGAACUGUG